AAAGUGCUUUCCUGUUUGGCAAGAAAGGCAAGACGUCCCAAACAAGGCAGCCAAAGGAGAGACAACAGACAGACAACUGGGAUGUGAUUUAGAUUUAUUUUAAAAACACCUGGGAUUUCAGCUUCUCUGUGGUUUUUUAAAGGGGGGAGAUGUACACCAGCUCUCAUUCACAUUUCUAAUGGGAGAUUCCUGCUGAUGUUCCUGCUUUACUGAGUCCUGGAUCACAUCUCUGAGGGAAUCAGGAGGGAAAAGAGGAGUGAAAGAGAGAGAAGGGAGAGACAGACAGUGGAGAGAGAGCGGCUCUGAGGUGCAGACGGAGUUUUGCCGCUGAAGUAAAAGCAGAGUUACUAGGAAGCAGAAAAUGGGACCGGCUGCCACCUCACUCGCUCUCCUGUGUUUAUGUUCUCUGGGUCUGUGUGUUCCCACAGGGACAGCUGCCGCUACACCAACACAGGUCAGGACUGCAUCCCUGCCAGAGGUGAAGAGGGCGAGAGGGGACGUUCCUGAUAUUCUUCCAGAGCCUGAACCAGAGCCAACCAGCCCAAUGUCAGAUUUUGAAAACUCAUACAACUAUGUCUUGUCCAGACUAGCCAGUAUGGACCAGGCGAUCCACAAGCUGAAUGUUGGUCACUACACCCUGGAUGUUAAAGUCAGCCAGUUGGUGGAUCGUCUGUCCAGGAUCGAUGCUAAAGUCGGGGAGCUGGAGGACAGCAUCCGGGAGGUCUACCAGCACAGCAAGGACAACCGCAAGGAGAUGGGAAGACUGGAAGGUUGCCAGAAGGGACGCAGAUUGGGAUACAAAUGUUAUCUUGUGUACAAUAGCUAUGAGGACUACGCCGGAGCAUCCAGGAAGUGCCUGGAACGUGGCGGCCGCAUGGCGAUGCCCCGCGACCGCAGGGAGCAGGAGGCCCUCGCCGACUACGUCAAGUCAUUCUUCCACCCGGGGAACUGGCCCGUCUGGCUGGGCAUCAGCGACUUGCGAUCUGAGGGCAUGUACCUUUUCGAUGAUGGGACGCGGGUCUCAUACUUCCAGUGGCGCAAACACUUCCUGUCCAGCCAGCCGGACGGAGGGAGGCGGGAGAACUGUGUGGCGAUGUCGUCAGAUGAUGGCGACUGGUGGGACCACUACUGCGAUCGGACCAUGAACUAUCUCUGCGAGUUUGAUGACAGGGUGGCACUUUAAAAUUAACUCUUUUCAAGAUAGCUUUAAUCUCUCACCACCUUACUACUAACUUAAUCUUUGAUCUCCAGUGAUCAUUAGAAAUAAAAGUCCAUUAAGUUAUUUUCAAAUAACUUAUUUCCCCUUAAAAGACACUUUAAAUCGUACCUGGAUUGGUUGUAUUCAGAAAGGUAAAGAAGUCUUCAAUUUUCCAUAGGAAACCUAGUGUGUUUUAACAUAAAUACCCAGUCUAAUUUAAUUUCUAUAUGCAAUUAGUGUAGCAUUGUUUAAGUAGUGUCAGUAUCUUACAGGAUAAAAACAUUUGCCGAGAAAAUAUUUCACGGUAUUUUAGGUUUUUAUGUCUCAAAUGUGCACAAAUUCACGUAUUGCUAUUUAAGUUCUGAAAGUACUGAAUAAGACUUAUAGACAUAUUAUGUUAGUAUUAUAAAUAUUAUAUUAUUCACGCAGCUGCAGGGAUUUGAAUGUAAACCAGUCAGGACUCUGCUGUGAUUUCACACCUGGAAUUCUAAAUAUUUGUUCAAAGUUUCCAAAGAAGGGAAAACAUGAAAAGGCACUUGAGAAUCAGCACAUACUGAACCUCUUGAAGAUAUAUAUACAAUCAAUGUGUACUUGGGCUUAGCAGGAAAUAGCCAAUGUUACUUACUGAUCUUUGAACAUAUUUUAACAGUGUCUGAUACCGGUGUGACUGCCCUGUUAAACUGCUGAUUCGGAGCAUAUCUGGCCAGAACAUUUUUAGAGCUGUUGUCUCACAUCUGAAUCCCCUUUCACCCACAAAAUAACACCCCAUUACUGUAUGUAAAUGUAACAUGAGUUAGAGUCAGUAUGUAAAACAAGAAAGUUGUACAUAAAACGCUGAAUGUAAAUGUUUUUCAUAAAUCUUUACUAAAGGUUGA